AUGCGGUCCCCAGCCUGGCUCCUGUUCGGUAUUAUCACCAGUGUUGCUUCCCAGGAUACGGGAAACCACCCGGACUGGCCAAGAUGGUGUGGAAAAGUCUAUAAACCAGACUAUCCCUCGUUUGAUCCCGGUGGUCAAACACUUCCACCGACACCAGACCCUCUAGCGCCUCUCCUACACGUCCAGUUCAAGCCCCGAUACAGCCUCUACCUAGAAAGCGAGAAGACGGGCGACUUCAUUGUCAACGCCGAGAUCUCCCAGUUCCACGGAACCCACUGGGGCAACAACACCUCCAGCAAUGUGGAAUUCUAUAUCAAAACAACCACAGAUGACAAAGUCCUAGUCGGAGACUCCAUCCCCGUCAACUCAACCGGUAACCUCUUCACCUUCAACCUCAGCGACCUCACCGCCAGUCUCUCGCCCAUCGAAGUUACACUCACCUAUUCAGCAGAAGGCCCAUCAGUCAAAACCACCCUCCUCUACCUCCCCUCCAAGACCUCCGGAAGCGUCACCAGAAUCGACAACCUCAACGGCGGCCUGCACCACCUUAACGCCGCCUCCAACCACACCUUCAAGCCCAUCCUCCCCUACGGCUUCUACGCCUCCUACGACGCCUUCCUCGCCCUCCCCAAUUAUAGUGAAGCCAUCCAAUCCUACGCCGACCUCGGUCUGACGGGCAUGGUGCCCCUAACGCACUACCCCGAGUCCGCCUCCGCUUUUGCGUACAUGGACAGCAUCAAUUUGUAUUAUAUGUUCGACCUGCGGGAGAACUACACCAACCAGACUUGGGUCAAGGAACAAGUCAUUGCGGCGAAGGAUGGCGAAGCUCUGUUUUCUUACUGGUCUGUGGAUGAACCGGACGGGUGGCAGGCCCCGUUCUCCGCCCCCGCCGAGACUUACAACACAAUUUUGUCGGUCGACCCCUACCACCCCGUUUCCCUAGUCCUCAACUGCCAAAACUAUUUUUUUGAGCAAUACUCUCAGGGAGCAGACAUUCUAAUGGCCGACGUCUACCCCAUCGGCAUCACCGACUCUUCUGCCAACCUCUCCAACUCCAAAUGGGGCACACCAUGCAACUCGACCUACGGUGAUUGCGGCUGCGAUAACUGCGCUGGUUCCGUCCUGGAUGUGUCCAACCGGUUCGAUGAUCUGAAAAGUUACGAACAGUGGUUAGGUCUGUGGCCGAAAACAAAGAUGUUUAACCCCCAGGCUUUUCACGGCGAGGGAUACUGGGCGAGAGACCCGACCGCGGAGGAGAGUUGGGUGAUGGUGUUGUUGGCGAUUAAUAGGGGCGUGAAGGGGGUUUUGGGUUGGGUGUGGCCGGCUAGUGAGAUACUCUCAAAAGCGCAUGGGAGGUUGGCAAGGGUUGUUAGUAGUGGGGAGGAGGAAGAUGGGGUGGUGGGGUUGUUGGUGGAGGGGAAGGGGCCGGAAAAGUUGAGCACAGCCUCAGAGGUAAAGGGGGUUGAUGCGGCGGGUUGGGUGGACAAGGAGGGGAGGAAGAUGUUGAUUAGUGUGGUGAAUACGGGGGAGGAGGAGGUGGAAGGGAUGGUGGAGUUGGAGGUGCCGGGGGGGAGUAGGGUUGGGAAGGUGGUUUGGGAUGAGAGUGGUGGUAGUGGUGGUGAUGGGGAGUGGGAGGUUAAGGAGGGUAAGUUGACGAAGAAUGGGUUGAAGGGGAUGGGGACCGCGUUGGUGAUUUUGGAGUUGAGUGGGUGA